UUUCUUGCGGCCCCCGUUGUGCUGCUGCACGCGACGGGCUGGGUUGACCGUGAAGCCCACGUAGACGCGGCCCGGGUGCCGAGGGUUCAGGCAGUAGAGGAGGGGCGGAAGUAGAUGCGCCGGCGGAAGUGGCGUCAGUAAGGGCGGAAGCGUGCAGCGCGGGCCCGAGCUCGGGGUCCCGUCCCCGCUGGGCUGCCGCCCUCGUUGGGCUGCUACGAUGGACCUCAGCGCCGACUACCUCCGGGAGAAGCUGCAGCGGGACCUGGAGGCCGACCACGUGGAAGUCGAGGACACGACUCGCAACCGUUGUGCGGCCAGCUUCCGAGUGCUCGUGGUGUCGUCCAAAUUCGAGGGAAAGCCUCUGCUUCAGAGACACCGGCUCGUUAAUAACUGCCUCUCGGAAGAGCUCCAGCAUAUCCAUGCUUUUGAGCAGAAAACCCUCACCCCAGAGCAGUGGGCCCAUGAGAAGCAGAAAUAAGCGACUAGGACCUGCAGCCCCUGGACUUGUGGGAUCUGGCCCUGCUUCUGCGCAGUGUUGGGGGAACAUGGGCCCGAGGGCCUGGCUGCUCCCUGCCCCCGCACUGUAGAGUGUUUCACAGUCUGCAAGCUCCAGCUCACAGAAAGACCUGUGUGUCCCACGCUGCGAUGGGACUGGUCUGGGCCAGGCCCCCGCCUCCAGGGGGCGAGCUCCUGGUACUCUCCUGAGUGUCAUCUCCUGUGGCACUUCAUGUCUGCCCACACCACCACUCCAGCACCUCCUUGAUGGCCCCCACAACAA